AUGGAAGAGUUGUGCAGCAAUUUCGGACACUCGAGUACUUCUAGUACCGGCAGCAAUUCAUCAAUAUCAGCCAAGACAGCUUUGAGCGAGUGCUCAGCCGCUUGGAUCAAUUACUUGAGUGCUCUGAAUAGUCUAUGCACUUCUGGGUCCAAGUUGGCGCACUCCAUUGCAGUCUUAGAGCAGUGGUCAUUGAAUGAGAAGCCGCUGUUCAACAAUUAUACUACAUCCUAUUUAACAAAUUCAUGGAAUGAUCUGGCAAGGGCAACUACAGUGGCCACAGGCACUGUCAAAACUCACAUGUUGGCCAUACUUCAGGACUUUGUUACAAUACCGUCCGUGGAUCAAUCGACUUCUGCCAUUAAUACCGAGCUGGAACAGAAGCGACUCAGAGAGCAUAAUGAGCUUAUCGUUCUGGAAAAUGCACAAUCCGUAAUCAACAUUCAGCAUCAGUUCUGUGCAGCUAGCUAUGAUGCAUUUUCAUCGCUAACCUGUUGUUUCGUUUGCCAAUCCCCAGUUGGGUUUCCACAUGAACAAGACUGCAGCGUUAUUAAGCAGCGCUCUCAAUACGAUCAACGAUCGCAAACGCCAUCGCCAAACUUGUGCGUCUCAAAUGUCAAAUCGGAAUCGUCGAAAGGAAAUUCGCUUACCGAUCAGCGCCCCAUUGCAAUUGGAAUUACGGAAUCAGUGGAACAACCGCGCUGUCCAUCGCCGCUGUUAACAUAUCACGACCCAAAUCCAAUGCAGGCUAUUUUCGAACACACUCGCGGUCCGUUGCCAAACCCGGGACACUUGCUCUCAAUGAAGACGCCAUUCCACCGAAAUGUCAAAUCCUCUUUAAGCUUUCCGCUGUUUCCUUUGAAUGGUCAGCGCCGUUGGUCAGAAGCUGCUGCCGGUGAAGUUAUAGAUGGCAACGCUACAGAUCCGGAAAGUCAGAUGAGAAGGUGGUCUAUGCCUUGGGAGGCCACAAAGUCUGACACCAACACGGUGACAUGGAACCAAACGCGAAUAAUGCCAAUGAAUACAUUAAAGACUGCUUCUUACAAAAUGUCUAGCUCUGACCGAUACACUUCCCAUAAUUCUGAUGGAAACUGCCCUUUGCAGUCAAGCAGUCAGGAUGGUCUACUGGAAGCCAUUCAGUUACUCUCAAUAAAACCAACCACAAUGAAUCAAAUAAAUCCUCAUUCUAUGCCGCCCACCUCCCCGGAUGGCGGCAUAGACUAACUAUAAACGUGGAAUAAUGUGUGUUUUGUUUGUCAAUGUGUAAUGCUGUUGGGAAAGUUUUUAUUUACAACAUGGAAUUACGUACCCAAAGAAAUACUAUUUCACAAAUUUGGAAUGAUUUAUGGCUGGGGUCGCGUACUUUUCAAGAUGAUUUCCACUGCAAAACGAGAAUUUUCAAUCUAUAGUAUGUUAAUCUACUAGUAAAAGAUUUUAUUUGUGCUUGUAUAAUGCCAUUCAUUAUAAGUAGGUAAAUCUUACACACUUAAUGUUAUGUAAAGUUUCGGUUUUAAAAUUUAAAUUAUGACACUAGUGAGAUAUUUUCUAUUUCUUAUUGCUACGAACACUUAUAGUUAAAAUAUCAUAAUAUGAUCUAUCUUUCUCUUUUUUCAAUGAUGUUAAUUACACAUACGCACAUAUUUUUAUACACAAACAUACAUAUUUAUGUGUGCAUGUGAUUUUAUCGGUUUUUUCUUUUCUUUUUGUUUGUUUGUUACAAGUAUGUUUAUUAAUUAUAAGGUUAUCCGUAGUUCACUAUUCGGUGUUCACUAAUAGGGGGGAUUUCUAUCAUACAGUUUGCCAUAUUAUAUUUGUAUUAAUAUAAUAUUUAUUACUAGAUUAUGUUCGCAUGUGUGUAUGUAUAUUUAGUUAUUUCUUUAGAUAUAAGUUGUACCUAAUAUUUUAUUAUGGCUAUCGACUAAAAAAAUAUCUUGGAAAUGCCUUUACUUU